AUGGAGCAGCACUGCACCCCGGAACCUACAGACAUCCUACGAGCGCUGCACACACGUUCCGACUCCACGCACCGCACCUCGUCACACGCAGCGUCCCGACUCCGCGCGCUCCACCUGCGGACGUCCCCCCAGCGUCACACGCAAUGUCCCGACUCCGCGCGCUCCACCUGCGGACGUCCCCCCAGCGUCACACGCAGCGUCCCGACUCGGCACACUCCACCUGCGGACGUCCCCCCAGCGUCACACGCAAUGUCCCGACUCCGCGCGCUCCACCUGUGGACGUCCCCCCAGCGUCACACGCAAUGUUCCAACUCCGCGCGCUCCACCUGCGGCCGUCCCCCCAGCGUCACACGCAGCGUCCCGGACAUCGCGCGCUCCACCUGCGGACGACGCAUCAGCGUCACACGCAGCAUCCGGGCUCCGCGCGCUCCACCUGCGGACGUCCCCGCAACGUCACACGCAGCGUCCCGGACAUCGCGCGCUCCACCUGCGGACGACGCACCAACGUCACACGCAGGAUCCGGGCUCCGCGCGCUCCACCUGCGGACGUCGCCCCAGCGUCACACGCAGCGUCCCAACUCCACGCGCUCCACCUGCGGACGUCCCCCAGCGUCACACGCAGCGUCCCGGACAUCGCGCGCUCCACCUGCGGACGUCCCCCAGCGUCACACGCAGCGUCCCGGACAUCGCGCGCUCCACCUGCGGACGUCCCCCCAGCGUCACACGCAGCGUCCCGGACAUCGCGCGCUCCACCUGCGGACGUUCCCCCAGCGUCACAUGCAGUGUCCAGGCUCCGCGCGCUCCACCUGCGGACGUCCCCCCAGCGUCACACGCAGCAUCCGGGCUCCGCGCGCUCCACCUGCGGACGACGCACCAGUGUCACACGCAGCAUCCGGACUCCGCGCGCUCCACCUGCGGACGACGCACCAGCGUCACACGCAGCAUCCGGGCUCCGCGCGCUCCACCUGCAGACGUCCCCCCAGCGUCACACGCAGCGUCCUGACUCCACGCGCUCCACCUGCGGACGUCCCCCAGCGUCACACGCAGCGUCCUGACUCCACGCGCUCCACCUGCGGACGUCCCCCCAGCGUCACACGCAGCGUCCUGACUCCACGCGCUCCACCUGCAGACGUCCCCCCAGCGUCACACGCAGGAUCCGGGCUCCGCGCGCUCCACCUGCGGACGUCCCCCAGCGUCACACGCAGCGUCCCGGACAUCGCGCGCUCCACCUGCGGACGUCCCCCCAGCGUCACACGCAGUGUCCAGGCUCCGCGCGCUCCACCUGCGGACGUCCCCCCAGCGUCACACGCAGCGUCCCGACUCCACGCGCUCCACCUGCGGACGUCCCCCAGCGUCACACGCAGCGUCCCGGACAUCGCGCGCUCCACCUGCGGACGUCCCCCAGCGUCACACGCAGCGUCCCGGACAUCGCGCGCUCCACCUGCGGACGUCCCCCCAGCGUCACACGCAGCGUCCCGGACAUCGCGCGCUCCACCUGCGGACGUCCCCCCAGCGUCACAUGCAGUGUCCAGGCUCCGCGCGCUCCACCUGCGGACGUCCCCCCAGCGUCACACGCAGCGUCCGGGCUCCGCGCACUCCACCUGCGGACGUCCCCCCAGCGUCACACGCAGCGUCCCGGACAUCGCGCGCUCCACCUACAGACAUCCCACAAGCGUCCCAUGCAGCAUCUGGGACUCCACGCGCUCCACCUGCGGACGUCUGCAAGCGUCCCACGCAGCGGCCCAACUCCGUGCUUUCCACCUGCCGGCAUUCUGCAAGCAUCACCGGCAGCAUCCGGGACCUUCCUUCCACAAGCCUGAAUUCCAGCACCGCAGGCAAAUGCGGAGCGUGGCCAUCACCCGUCAAAGGGCUGCCUCUGACUUUCGGAUGGAAGAAGACUGUGGCCACCAGAGAGCAGAGGCGGCCAAUGGGCCAGGUAACAGCUUCGACUCUGUGGGGCCCACGUCUACUACGACCCCGCAGCGUGCAGCCUUGAAGGACCAAAGCAGCCAGGGUCCCCAGUGGAAGACAUCGGGUGUGGCUGCUUCUAGUAACACUUGA